UUGGAGCUCAUUUCAGAUAAAGAUGCUUAUCCCAUCAAAAUAUAAAGGGCAAAGAAAACAAUGCAAUCAAGUUCUUAAAAAUAAAUUCAAUGAAAAUUUUACUCUACAAAAUGCCUACGGGUUAUCUUAGUUUUCUUUUAUAAAGCUUAUUAAGUCUGCCAUUUAGUUUGUUUACACAAUGAUACUAAGAUUCAUUAAAAUAUGACUCAUAUGAAAAAAAUAAUGUAAUUACUGAGAAAGAUAUAGAUUGCUCUAAAUGCUAAUUACUUAUAUUUCAAUAUAUAUCAUUCCAGCUAAUUAAUGACUGCGAAAUCUCAUGGAGACUACCUCUUGUAGGCGACCAUUCCUCUCUGAAAAUGAUCAUAAACACUGUACUAAAUAUCUCCCCCUAAAGGCAACUAUCGCUUCAGAAGAGGAAAAAGGUCAGGAAACGGAGUCCUGUAGAGAAGUCAGGGUGGCAGUCAGAACAGAUGUGAAGCUAUUAAAGAACAGAGAAGUUCAUAUUCUUGAAGUAGUUCUCCUGUUUUUAGAUGAGUAUACCCUAAUUCCUCAAUUUGAAUAUUAUUUAAGGACCAUAAGGCUCAUCUGGAGAUCCAUUCCCGAUGCUUAUCUUUCAUACGAAGAGAUGAGACAUGUACCUCUCGUAUUUCAAGGCACGUGUGACAAAUGUGUGGAAGACAUAAUCGUGGAGUUUCAGAAACAGGAUUUUGAAGGCUUUGCUUCCGUCCCACAACCCAGGAGUCUGAUGCAUUAUUCCCGAUGAACUAUCAGACGCUCACUGAAUGAAAAUUUACAACUGCCACAAGGGAUUGAACAUUUAGGUCUGCCUGGACGAAUGCAGUCCUACCUGAAACUCGAAUUUUAGUUUUCAUAUUAAUGUGUAUGUCUUUUUUGAGAUCAUAUAAACUGUCUUACAAUAAUUACUAUGUUUCUGUACAUUUAAAAACAUUUUAAUUCAAGAAAUAAAACUUUC